AUUUAAAUUCUCAAUUGCUUGGUGGCAGCUAAACGUUUGAAUCACAAUGCAAGAUGAGCCAGCAGAAGCAGUUCCAACAACACUUUAACAUUCUUUGUUCAUUAUAAAAAGUUUUAAUUUAAUGUCAAACGGACGGAAAAAUUACACCUUACGGCUGAUAAAAGAAUUUCAGUAAUGGAUAAACUUGGAGCUUGCUCCUUCUUCUUGACCACUCUCCUCCUUAUUUCGUCGACAUCUGCUGUGGACAAAACUAUCGAAAAUGAGGCGAGCGGAUCUACAGUUGUGGAGGCAGUGGUGAAUUUACUUAGGGCUAGAUGUACAGUGUCGGACGAUAAUUUUUUUCUCAGAAGGAUGGCCUAUGCAGCCAGCAGAGAUGGCGAAAAAAGUGACACCUUUAGGAAAGGAUUCGACGGGGGAAUCUGGCAGAUUGACAAACAGAAGUUUACCAUCACCCAGACUUCCAAAGUUCUUGGAAAUCAACGGAGGGGAAUUCAGGGGAAUUUUAGCAUUGACUGGUCCAGCGUCACGUGGUCUGAUCUCCGGAAGCCGCUGUACUCAGGCAUUGCAGCUGCGCUGUACUUGCAGUACAUAGAACGAAUGUACGCCACGACUAUACCAACCUCCAUCAACGCCCAGGCCAAAUUCUGGGUAGAUCGAUUCAACGGUCAGCUCAACGACUUUUUAGCGGUGCAGAAUUUACAAGAAGUAUCUUGUGAUAUGAAAGCUGUGGAUCUUGUGUUUGUUGUGGACGAGUCUGGAAGUAUAGGAAGCUCGAAUUUCGACCGAAUUAAAGAUUUCCUGAGCGACUUGGUGGAUCAGCUGACCAUAACGAGCACCGCCUUCCAUGUAGGGCUGGUCAAAUUCAACAAAAGGGCAAUAACGGAAUUCCAUCUGGACCAAUACAGUCAAAAAUAUUAUAUAAAGUCCGCUAUUAAAAGCAUGACCUAUAAUAAGGGGAGUACACGAAUCGCUGCUGGGAUAAGGACCGGAAGUACAUUGUUCGCCAGUAGUUCAAGGAGAAAUUCUACUAAGGUAAUGAUAUUGUUGACAGAUGGACGUUCCUCGGAUAGAACAGAAACGGCCCGGGAGGCCCAAAGGGCAAAGGCGGAAGGCAUGACUAUUUUCGUUAUCGGUAUCGGAAAUGUUGAUCCGCAAGAGAUAACCUCUACUGCGUCCCAACCAACGUGUGUUCACGUCUUCCUGUUGCAGCAAUUCUCAAGUAUUGACAACAUCAUGUAUGAAGUCAGAAGACGGUCUUGUAAAGCACCAACAAAAGUAGAAAUAGUUAACGAGGAAGAGGCAAAAGUGGUUGGGGAAUUAUUGCCGAACAGAACGGUUGAGGACACAGUGGAGAUAGACUCAAAGACUCCAUCAACUAAAAUCACUACAGAGGUCGUUUGUGGAGAAGUUGAGCUUUUUGCAUCUUCUACAACAACCUCCCCAAGUGAGGCUUUGUAUGAAGUCAAAGGGCUAGCACGUGACCAUCAACCAGCCUCUUUUUCAAUUCAAAAUGGUGGUCAAACUGUCUACGUGUACUACAAAGGAAAGAUUGUAUCCGUAACAGAAGACUGCAGAAAUAGAAACAAGACAUUUAGCAUCAGUUUUACUCAAGCUUCAGAUUCAUGUAAAAGCAGUCCUUGUGAAAACGGAGGCACAUGUGUGGAUCAGUUGACGGGGUUUACCUGUAACUGUAUAACAGGAUUCGAUGGAAACAGAUGUCAAAACAACAUCGACGAAUGCCAAAAUAAUCCGUGCGCAAACGGCGGAAGCUGCGUGGACAUGGUCAACGGAUACAUGUGCGUGUGUGUCUCGGGAUAUUCCGGAAGUUCCUGUGAAAUCAACAUGAACAAGUGCGCGAGUUCGCCAUGCCAGAAUGGAGGCUCUUGUUCAAAUGUCAACAACGAUUUCGUUUGCAGUUGUAGUCAGGGAUUUCGAGGGAAGUCCUGUGAAAUUAACAUCGACGAUUGCCAAUCGUCGGUGUGCUUAAAUGGGGGCCUGUGCAAGGACCUGGUCAACGAUUUCACCUGUCAAUGCAUGCCUGGUUUUAGCGGGAAAACGUGCAACGUCGAUAUUGAUGACUGUACCCCAAACCCAUGCAAAAAUGGCGGCUCGUGUGGUGAUCUCGUGAAUGACUUCCGGUGCUCGUGCUCGAGUGGUUAUACUGGGAAAGAAUGUGAGGUCAUAAUUGACCAUUGUCAGACAUCCCCUUGUCGGAACACUGGGACCUGUGUCAACUCUGUCAGUGGCUACUCCUGUGACUGCCAAAGCGGAUAUACAGGGAAGAAUUGCGAAAGUGAGGCUACACAAGUCAUUUGUCGGAUUGGAUCUGUGGAAAAAGAGUGCACUUUUGAAGACCUACAGAAAACGGGGUUUGCUGAUCAUUUCUGUACAGGAGCAUAUUCCGGCAGUGAAAAUUCUGGAAGCCAAACUCCUGAAAACCCAACUCCAUCGGUUCCAGAUGCAUCCGGGACAUCGGCGCCCUCGGUGUGUGUACCCAAGGGCCACGUAUACCAUAUACCUUACCCAGAGGACAAUGCAAAGUACAUUCAAUGUGACGAGUAUGGAGGGUCUACAGUCAUGCCUUGUGCUCCAGGAACAGAAUUCAACGCUCCCCGACAAAUCUGUACCAGUAAUACUGUCUGCCCGCCCGAGAAGAUCAUUACAGUUCCCCAUUCGACGGACCCUGGAAAAUACUACAACUGCGUUUAUGGGACAGCCCAUCUGAUGUCAUGCCCCGGGAAUCUCGUCUUCGAUGCGAAUCUCAAAUUUUGCACUUGGUCUUCUAGAAGACGAGAAUUAGAAAAAGAUAGCGGGAAAAGCGAAACGAAGAACAAGAUGGUGGGUGGCGACGACGACGACGAAGAAGAAGAGAAUGUGGAGGAAAAGGAAACAAACGAUGUCACUGAUGUAAACCUGGAUGAAGAUCUUGAGGAUGAACUUAAGGAGAGGAGGGAGAAAAACGAUAAAAAGCAAAGGAAUAUUGAGGAACUUAGAGAGGCCCUGAGGAAAAUUUUGGGGGACAAAAUUUAUAUGUAGAUUAUGUAGAAUCAUAGCAGGAGACAUCCUACGAUUGAACUAUUUGUGUAAAGUUUUAUUAUUUGACUUCCUUUACCUCUCAUUAAAUUAUGCCUUUUUGAAUCAUUCAUAGUUUCUGAAUAGUUUGGCCCUCACAAUAGAAUGAAAUAUCUAAUAUACAUGUAUAUUAUGCAUUAUAUUUUGUCCAAAAACAUUACGUUAUACUACACACAAGAAUAUGUUAUGUGUUGGUUAAAUAAAAAAAAAUAUUUAUAUUCAUUUUUUGCAGUGAUGAAAGAAUAACCAACAAAAAAAAAUUAACAUCAUUGGAUACAUAAACAUGUAUAUGAUCGUAUAAAAACAAGUGUGCCAUAUGAAUAAAAUCUUUGCCUUUUAAUGUAUGAGAUAUUGAUCAUAAACAUUUUACAUUUGAACUGGUCAUUUUUUUUUCAGUUUUGUAUUUAAUUAAAGAAUUGAUUGAU